AUGGUGAUGAAGAUGGCUGCUGUCUCUGCCAUCUCUCUGCUCCUGCUCUGUUGCUUCGCCCUCUCCUCAGCAGAUUCUAAGGAGUGCAACCACUACGUCGCAACAGGUGGGAACUAUACCGUGACUCUGAAACACGAACUGGUCAACUCAGAACGACUGAUAUGGAAGCAUGGCGAUGUCACGAUUAUAGAUCGAAGAAAAGACAACAAAAUUACCAUUGGAAAGAGGGAGGACCUUAACGAAAAGGGAUCACUGAUGCUGAAAAAUCUGAAGAAAACACAUUCAGGGAUUUACACCCCUGAAGUUUUCAACACAAAUGGACGCAAAUUACCAAGCUUGGAAGCUACAAAUUUAUGUGUAUUGGACCAUGUACCGAAGCCUACAGUGACGAUGGAGUGUCUCAAGCCUAAUAAUAAUAAUAAUGUCAAAUUUACCUGCAAGGUGCAAACUCAGCAGAUGGAGGAUCUCCACUAUGAAUGGCUCCAGAACAACAAUGUGGUGGAUAAGACGACAGACUCUGGAAAAACUCUGACACGAGUAGCUGAAGAGGUGGAAAAAGAUUCCUUCAGUUGCAAAGUUUCCAAUCGUGUCAGCCAUAUGAUCAGUGCACCUGUUGAACAAAAGUGCUUUAAGCCCAAGCCCCUUUUCCCUGAAAAAUUAUUAGGAAUUAAUACCUGGAUUUUCGUGGGUGCUGGAGGAGGUAUUGUUCUGGUGCUGAUUAUUGUCGUUAUCGUUUACUGCGUCCGAACCAAACGGAGAAAACGCAUGCAACUAAAGGAAGAGGGAGAGCUUCGUUUGGCAUGGACGAAUGAACAACAUCAUCAACAUAGCCAUCCUCCCGAUCAACAUCAACGUCAGCACCAUCACCACCACCACCACCACCAGCAGCAGCCGGCCGGCCACACCGGUCCUCGCCAGCAUCGCUCCAAACAGCUCCGCGACCAGCAGCGUCCCAGAGCCCCCGACCACCACGGUGGUCACCCUCAGCACGGUGGUCACCCUCAGCCCGGUGGUCAGCCUCAGCCCAGCCCCCGAAGACCUGCACAUGCCCCCCCCAGACCAGUGGAUAACACUGAUGAUGAGCAGCCUCCUCCUCUUCCUCAGCCCAGGAAGAAAGCUCCGAAAACACCAAGAGUGUGACACCAUGUGAGUGUUAGAGUUUAGAAAACAUAAUCCAUCCUCUUUUGUCCAGGCUCAUCUGCUCUCCUCAUUUUCUUUUUCUUUUUGUUCCCAAUUUACUUCUCUCUUCCCCUCUUCUCUAUUGAUGCAUCAUUCAAACUCAGCCAGGAAAUACAGAUUAAAGGCACUUCACUCCUCCAUACGUCCGUAUUAAACAUCAUGAUUUCAUCAGGGAGUGGUGAAAAUUUGAUCAAACUUAGAGUUGUAAUUAAGUGGUUGAAAAUCACUUAGAGCAAAGUCAAAGUUGUGAAAGCUGAAGUCAAACUAUGAGUCUUAAUAAGCUUUCAGUUAAUAACAUGAUGAACAAACUUGGACUGCCCUAAGUCGUAUAACAUUGUAUAUCAUUCGUUUUGUUAUUUAGUCAUCAUAACCUUAUAAUUAUAUUUUAACUGUUUUUUUGUUUUUGUUUUCAACAUAAACCACCAUCUUACUAUUACAAUUUAAUGACUUUAUCAUAUGUGAUAACAAAUAAUACUUUAAGGUCAUGAUGUCAAACUAUUAGAGUGCUCUUUAAAAGGGUUAUUUUUGUACUUCUGUUGUUUUUUUAACACAGGUCCUCUUCUUUAUAUAUUUUGAUGUAUGUGUCAGAUAUAACUCGUCUCCUCAGAAAGAUGUAUGUGUCCAGGGACUCUUAACUUUCCUCUAACAUGACUGAAAUCAACAUGGAAGGGAACAAAAAUAAUGACAUCAUAAUUACAUCUGUCGAGGAAGACCAUGAGAUUCCAGAAAGAUCAGGGAAAAGCUGGUUGUUCCACCUUGAGUUAAAGGUUAAAGGCGCACUCCCUGAUUUUGUGAUAACCUCUUAUCAACCCCUAUAUUCAGCAAGCAAUACUGGGUGCUAAUACAGAGUCAAGGAGCAUUGAGUUUGAUGAGAAGAUUGAUACACUCUCAUGUUUAUACACUGAAUAUGAAACUGCUGUUAGCCGCUGGUUAGCUUAGCUUAGCAGAGAGGCUUAAAGACAUGGGGAAACUGUGAGCACCUACCAGCACUUCUAAAGCUCACUAAUAAACAGAUUUUCAGGUUUGUUUAAUUUGUGGACAAACAGAAGUCUAAGAAACAGCAAGUCUUGGUACAGUGAACUUUGAAGGUGCUGGUAUGCAGAUGUUGUUACAAUUUAUUUGGAAAGAGCCAGGCUUGCUGUUCCGGUCUUUAUGCUAAGCUAAGCUAACCUCACCAACUGAUGGCUGUGGCUUCAUAUUUAACAGACAGACAAGAGAGUGGUAUCAAUAUUUUCAUCUACAGUAGGGGUGGGCAGAUGGAUCUUAAAGUAUCAGUACUCUAGAUACUAUGUUUUCAUUUUGAAAACUGAUACUUGCAUCAGUAAGAUCGAUACCUGAAAAAGGGAUUAGUUCCUCUCUUACACGUAGCAUCCAAACCUCUGACACAAAGCCAGAGUUCAGUCUUCUCAGAGAGGUUCAGAAAAGGAAAAUCCAGUUACACAGUAGCCAAGUGAAAUUAAUAUUUUAGUCAAAUCAGAUCUUCAGCAUUGGUUAUUGUUGCAUUUUCGUACUGUAAUAUUGGUCAUCAGUUGCUGUUACUUAAGCAUAUUUAUGAUUCGCCUCAUAAAUCAUGACACCGCUUCUUCCCAAAUUAAAAAAGCCACUUUUUAGUAUCGUAUCGUAACGUAUCGUAUCGUAUCGUAUCGUAUCGUAUCGUAUCGCAUCGCUAUUGUCGACUCCAGCCCUGUAUUACUUGGUAUUGGAUCAAAAUCAAAUUUUGCGGUAUGGCCCACCCCUAAUCUCUCUGCAAGAAAACAACUGAGCGUAGUUCCGUAAAUAUCAAACUAUUCAUUAAACAUGUAAGUUAUUUCUUUGGUAUUUAAUUUUAUACGACAAUUUUCUUGUUCCAGUUUCUGGAUUUUUUUUUUUUCCUCCAUGAUUUUGUUUUCUACCUAAUUUUUUCUUUUCAGACAGGCUGCAGAAAAGAAUGUCAUUUGAAAUGUUUUCAUAGUUAGAGACACAUACUUUUACUGCAGAAAAAAAAAACUAUUUUAUGUACAUUUGUAAGCAGUUCUUUGUAAUCUCUUUUUUUAUGUAUUUGUGUUGUGAAUUGAUGAAUAAAAGGAAUGUUAUCAGCUGCAAUAGACCGAAUCAAAAUGUUUGUUGACAAUAACGUUUGUGUAGUAAACUCCAGCGUCACAUACGUACAAUUAACGGCGCUGAGCAAACGGGGGCAAGAACCAGCUUAGUUAACAAUAAAAGAUGGUUACGUUUUGUUGUAUUAAAGUGUACUGGGUAACAAUAAUAAAUGGAGGAGCGUUCGGGUUUUUCUAAUUUAUCAGAUUGGCCAUGGACCAAAGAAAAGGACAGCUUGAUCCCAAAUCUAGCAGUUCAGUCAGGAACACUUUCGUCAGGGAAAACUUAAUGUCCAUUUGCAGUGUUAUAUUUGGUGGUAUGGCUCUGUUCUGGGGCCUCUCUGCCUUUCCUUGGGGUGUAUGCAGAAAGCCGCUAACGCGCCUACGUGGAAAGCAUAAGGUGGAGAGUGCACACCUCUCUGCCCUUCCAUGUGCCUACAUGGAAAGCCUAAGGCAGGGAGAGCAGCAAAAUUACAAUGUAAAUAAAUCACAUUUCUCUGCAAGUCAAAAUAAUUGAUCAUUGUCCACCCGGAAGUGAUUGUUGUUAGCAUGACAUCAUUUUGAUUCGGUCUAUAAAUCACACAGACCUAACAAACUAUGUUGCCAUCAUUUAUGCUUUACUUUUGGAAACUUGCUCGUCCUGCAAUAACAUGAAUAAAUGUCAUUCAUGUGUUUAUAUGCAGUAUUAUGCUUUUUAUUUAUGUAUAAAACCAACGUGCCAAAGCAUUUACAUCGUGUCCAUCGAAGUAUCUGCUGUAAAAAUGUUGAUUUGAAGUGUACACAGUGAUGUCUUUAAUAAAUGGUGUCAAUGCUAAUGCAACUUUCCACUGAAAUAUGAGCAGGUUUCACACUGUGUCAUUUUCACUUCUGCAGCCCAUUGUUUUCAGGCUGAAUGCACAGAACAAUGCAGACAGACUGUGUGUGUGUGUGUGUGUGUGUGUGUGUGUGUGUGUGUGUGUGUGUGUGUGUGUGUGUGUAUUUCAGUCAUAUAUCCUGUGCCUUUUUGCUGAAAAUGUGUUUGUGGUUUUGAGUGCGUUAGCGUUGCUGAGCUCUGCCGAGUGCAAGAUGAUUAUCUGGUGUGUGUGUGUGAGGUUUUCCUGUACUAGCAGCUUCAUUAUGGCAACAGAAAAUUACAAAAUUUGACAUCAAAGACAUGUUUUAUUCUGAAGUGAUCUCAUUUAAUUUAAUAAAUGUAAUGUAUUUUAAUUUUCUGCUCACUA